CGCCUUAGCGGCGCUUCCCCGCAGGAGGUGCGCGUCCUCGGGCUCCGGUUCCGCAACCCGCUGGGACUGGCGGCUGGCUUUGACAAACACGGCGAGGCUGUGGACGGGCUGUACAGGAUGGGCUUCGGCUUUGUGGAGGUGGGAACUGUCACGCCCGAGCCUCAGGAGGGCAACCCCAAGCCCAGAGUCUUUCGGCUGGUAGAAGAUGAGGCAGUCAUUAACAGAUAUGGAUUCAACAGCCACGGCCAUGCUGUGGUGGAGCGUAGGCUGCAGGCCCGCCAGGAGGCACAGCUCAAGCUCACAACUGCGGGGAUGCCUCUUGGAAUCAACCUGGGCAAGAACAAGAGCUCUACAGAUGCUGUAGCUGACUAUGUGGCUGGAGUCCAGACAUUGGGCCCCUUGGCUGACUACUUGGUUGUGAACGUGUCAAGCCCAAAUACUCCGGGGCUGCGGGACCUUCAGGGCAAGGCUGAGCUGCGGGACCUGCUAACCAAGGUGCUGGCAGAGAGGGACAUGCUGCCAUGUGAGCGUAAGCCAGCUGUGCUGGUGAAGAUUGCCCCGGAUCUCACUGAGCAGGACAAGCAGGACAUAGCUGGUGUUGUAUGUGAGGUUGGUGUGGAUGGACUGAUUGUCAGCAACACCACCAUCAGUCGCCCCAGCGGCCUCCAGAGCACACAGCGCCUGGAGUCUGGGGGCCUCAGUGGGAAGCCCCUGCGGGAGCUCUCCACACAGACAGUGCGGGAGAUGUAUGCCCUCACCCAAGGCCGGGUGCCCAUCAUUGGGGUGGGUGGGGUGAGCAGUGGCCGUGAUGCUUUGGAGAAGAUCCGUGCUGGAGCCUCGCUUGUACAGAUGUACACAGCACUAGUGUACCAUGGGCCCCCAGUGGUGGGGGCGGUGAAGCGGGAGCUGGAGGAGCUGCUGAGGGAGCAGGGCUUCAAGAGUGUCAUGGAAGCAGUUGGAGCAGAUCACCGGCGCUGACAGAUUGCAGGAUCAAGGUCUAGCCAAGAGAAGCCAUGACAAACCAGGAAUGGCUGUGAUGUUUCCAGACUGUUAGGUUGGGACCGAACCAAUGCCCUGGUCCUGGCCCUUGAGAAGGGUCAGUAAGAGGGACUGGGGCUGUACUGGUGGGAAGCUGGGGAAGGGGUCUCUGUACUAAUGCCACUGCCCAGGGCUGUACUUUUGGCUUUCCUGUGGGCUGUGUUCCCCAGCAGAAGCAAGUGGUGGUCAGGUUCCACUGGGGCUCAGAAAGGCCCUGGAGGAGGGCCAGCUGUGGAGUGAUAGAACAGUCUUGUGCCCACCUUCCCUACAGUACUGACCAGAGCCCAAGCAAUGUGUUAGGUAUCCCUUCUGCCCUUCAGUUCUGGAACCUCUCCUGCUCACUCUGGCUAGUGCUGGGUCAUGCACUACAGCCUCCGGAGUGGCAUCUCUCCUUCCUUGUCCUCAUCUGCUGUCUGUACAGUGCUUUAAUAAAUCUGGGGGUCCUGAUCCCGACCUAGAGUUAAUAAACAUUUCUCUUACCUUGU